AUGAAGGGCUAUGUUGCUCCGCUCUGCGUGGCUGCUUUCUCCGCUGUGCUUUGGUUGAACCUGUCCGCUCCAGACGCCGGCUUCAAUCCGCAAGAGGUCCUGGCCACAGGUCGCGCGAUAACGUCACGGUCGUGGGAGUUUGGGACGCUCGUCGAAGCUCUCCUGGAGUUUCAUAAUCACGAAUUGACGGUCUUUGGGUCCGAUCCCUUUCCAGGUGGACUGAUCCCACAAAUCAGCGACCCUUCGGAAGUUGAGGGCCUUGCAUAUGCGAAGUCUGUCAUAUGGAUUAAUGGUACUGAUCUUCUUGUUGACGGCGAAGGCUCGGCAGCCGACCCUGCCUCCUUAGGUACCGCCGCAUUACUUCUGUCUCAUCAUGAUCCGAGAUAUCUCGAGGCUGCAGAACGGCAGGCUGAGUAUCUCAUGACGAAGGCUAAGAAAUUCCACGUCAAUGUCACCCAUUCAGCCAUAUCUCACAGAGAAGACGUCCCUGAGCUCUGGGGCGAUUUCAUCUACAUGGUCCCUCCAUUUCUUGCUUAUCACGGUGUUGCAACUCAAGACCUGAGAUUUCUGGACAUGGCGGUGCUUCAAUGCCAACUUUACGACCACGUCUUGAGAACGGGCAUCGAAUUGGAAAACGGAGAGACCUGCCGUGGCCUUUGGCGCCAUAUCGUCUCCGACCCACCGGACUUGGAGUUGGGAGUAUGCUGUUCAGACCCGGACGUGUGGCUCACCAGCAACGCUUGGGCUGUCGCGGGCAUGACACGUGUACUAGCAACCAUCUUGAAGUGGAAGCCACCUCCAAAUAGUCCAGUCGGGCAGACCGAGUAUGACAAGUUCAAAGCCAACAGCAGAGUGGUACUGGCCGACUUGAUCGCCUCCAUGUUGCAGUGUACAAUGGCACAGGCAGAAGACGAAGGAUCUGGACUGCUGAAGAACUACCUUGAUGGGUCAUCACAUCGAUCUGCUGCCUGGGCAUAUGGUGAUGCUGCAGGGACUGCGCUUAUGGCUUCUGCCAUGUAUCGGUUGGCUGUUCUUCUCCCAGAAACCUAUGGUGGUUCAAACGCAAUGGAAUGGGCAGAAAGAAAUCGCCGAGCUGUUGCGAGACAUGUCCACUCCGGUGGCAGAGUUAGCCCCGUGGCAGAUGUUGGGCAUGUCCCAAGCAAGAGCCCGGUUAGUCAGACCAGUGAGGGACAAAGCAUGGUGCUCUUAAUGUACAGUGCGUGGCGAGCCUGCAAGGAAGGCACGUCCUGGAAAGCAGGGUUGCAGCGACUGACAGGAUGGUUGUAG